CCUCCUUCCGGUCCCGGCGGCGCGCGCGGUCACGUGGCUGGAGGCCGGCGACGCGCGCGGCUGGCAGGCUCGGCGCUAGAUACCAAAAAUGCAAUUGCUGGAUUGCCUGUUUAAAAGAAACUACCAGACUUCUCCACAGUGGCUGUACCAUUUUAUACUCCUGCCAACUAUGUAUGACUAUAUCUGUGGCAACACUUACAAUUGACAGUGCAAAACAGCUGUUUUGAAAUGCCUGGUGGUGAAAGUCCUUCCUGUACUACUGUGUACAAGAGGAAGAGGGCUGAGCACUUAAGGCACUCUCCGGCCAACAGUCACUGAGCUGUCACUGAAGGAAAGACCCAAAGGAGGUGAGGAACCAGUUGAGCAACUGUCUGGGGGAAGAGCACUGCAACCAGAGGGAGCCCUAGCUCUGCACCAGGAACGCUGGGAAAGCCAGGGUGGCCAGCCUACAAGGCGGGCGAGCGGAUGAGGGGCAUGCGAAGGAGGGCCAUGCGAGGGAGGUGAGCCACCGAAAGGGCUUUGGCUUUUAUGCUUCAACAGUGGAGGGCUUUGAACACACCAUCUGUUAAAGAGAGGGUACCUCCUUCUUUCCCACUUAUCGUUGUCUCAGGUACAAAGACCCUGCUGUGUCUGCAGAGGAACAGAAGAUGUUUGUGCAGCACGCAGAGCUACAGGAGAGGCUGUAAGAGCCAUGAGCACCUGAAGUGCACUCAGGGCCAUGAAGGGACAGGGGCAGGCAGGGUCCUCUACAUACUCCUUGCAAGUCCCAUUUUGCAGACACUCCCUGAAUUUUACAUAGCUCCUAGGCUGGUGAAAACUAAACCUCUUCUCUUUCCUCGGUAAAGGCUGAUUUGCUUUAUCCUGAUCGGUAGAUUACUGGAUUCAAUAAAAGGUUUUCCUGCUUCCUUACAAUUCACUGCAGUCUUUGGAAUCAGAGGUUGAUCAUUUCCUACCUAAAAAGUCCUUAAAUGUUAAAUAACUUGAACUGGGUUGCAAGGGAUGUUCGUGUGCUGAUGCACUGCUGGGAUAGUUGUCCCUGUAUAACAGAGAAAGAAACUUUUCUCUCCACCGAAACCCCAACUUUAUUAUACUGAUGGUUUUUAAACUGUUUUCUUAACUACAGAUACCCUGUUUUUCCUUAUGUUAAAUACGUCAUCUGGCUGAUUGAUGAGCAGGUUGGCGAGGCUGCCGAGUGAGGCAGAGGUGCAGACCUGGGAAACUGAGGACGAUGACAUGGCAGAAGGCGACUUAGGGUAUGGGCUCGGGAGAAGGCCCGGUGGUAUUUAUGAAGUGCAAGUUUCACAUCUGUCUACAUCUAGAAAAAGAUCCGAUGGAAAGAACUUUAGCCCUCCCCCAUUUCCGGGAGCAAGAGAAGAAAGAAGUGGUGCCAUUUUUCAAUAUUCCAGGAAUAAGAGCUCCCAAGAUGCACACUCAGAAGAGUUCAGCACUUACCACUACAGACGACAAAGUAGCACUGAUUCUAAUUCAGAAUUGUCAAAUGUGGAAUUAAAGCAACGUCUUCAUGAUACUUUAGAGGAGGUAGAAAUUCUAAAAACUGAACUUGAGGCAUCUCAAAGACAGCUUGAGGGUAAAGAAGAAGCACUGAAAAUUCUUCAAAGCAUGGCAAUAUUUGACAAAGCCACAAGUCACACCCAAGUGAUGCUUCAAAAAACUGUGGAACAAAAGAGAUCCUUGGAGAAGGAAAUAAAUGCCUUGCAAUGGGAAAUAGAAUUUGAUCAGAAUAGAUUUAAAAAUAUAGAAGAAUCGUGGACCCAAAAAUAUGACAGACUAAACUGUGAAAAUGCAGUCCUCAAAGAAACUCUGAAUGUGAAAACAGAAGAAAUUAAAAUGUUGAAGUCAGAAAAUGCACUUCUAAAUCAACAGUAUUUGGAGGCCCUUGCCAUGCUUGAGAUCAAACAGCAGAUGGCAGCUCAGGAACACAAGUGUCAUGAAAAAUGUGGUUUCACAGAGGUUUCAUCAGGUCUUGAGCUUGCUGUCCUCAGAGCCUGCCUUUGCCACGGUCCUGGAGGGAGUCCCUGUGCAUGUGCCAAAAUGGCGGCAUCGGCUUGGAAAGUGCUUCUUAAGCUCAAACAGGAGCUGGGACUUUUGCAGAAGAGUAAAGAAGAAGCUUACAUAAUGGCAGAUGCAUUCAGAAUUGCAUUUGAGCAACAAUUAAUGAGGAAAAAUGACCAGGCACUAAGACUGACACAAAUGGAUAAAAUGUGUAAAAAAGCAACAAAAUGGAUAAAUUGGAAGCACCUUAAGGAGGAUGGAUUACCAUCACAAGGAAGUAAGAAGACCUUAGGACAGAAACUGUUGGGUAUGCUCCCUUCAGAAAACAGUUCUAAGAAGACUGAAGACCAGGAUAAUCCUCAGGAAGUCUUUCAGAUGCUAACAGAGCUGUUGAAUGAUAAGGAAGAAGCUCUGGCUCACCAAAGAAAAGUCAGUUACAUGCUAGCUCGGGCAUUAGAAGAGAAAGACACCACAUCAAAUGAGAAUAAGGAAAAAAAUCUUGUGAAAGACAAUUUUCCAUUAAAAACCCCCUGGUGGAAAGCUUCAGAAUUCCCUGUACUGCCUGAUCCUGUGUUUUCAACUGUUCACAUUUUAAAUUCUGCGGGCUGCCUUUGUUCAAUCCAGCACCCUUACAGAGAUCAAAACUGCACCAGAACUCUCAAAAGAUCCUGCUCUUUGCCGUCAAAUAUCAUGUUCUGGAGAUAAAUCAGUUGAAAUCAGAACUGAAAGCUGUUUAUAUUAAGACACUUUUAAAAAAGGACUGUACAAAUGUUGCUACAUCUUCAGAAGUUGUAUGUUUUAUAGGUAUUUCUAUAGGUCUUAGAAGGUAGCUAAAAUACUCAAACAUUUCCUACCAGAAAUUUAUUAAUAUUUUGUGUUGAUGGAUUUUAUAAAUUAUAUUACUAUACUUUAUGAAAUUUUCAGUAUUUGCCAGCAUCUUAAAAACAAGUGAUUUCUGAGAAAAAAAAUUAUUAAAUUAUUUUGAUUGAUGAAAGGGAUCUUUGGCUUAAGCAACAAUAUAAAUUAAUGCUCUAAGAAAUAACAAUGCCUAGAAGUGACUGACUGUUAAUUUUUGAAAUACAUGUAUCUUGUUUUAGCGGAAUUUUUCAAGAUUCUUCAUUUGCCACAGAAAGGUUAAAACUAAUAAUUUCCUUAAGUUAACUUCAA